GGACGAUAAGCCACACUGAAGCUGUAGAUCAUACAAACUCGAUUGUCGUCUCGUUUACACAAGAACGGCAGCAUGUCGUUGAUCCUUCUCGCCGAGCUCCUCGCUGUGUCCUUCCUGGCGGGACCGGCGAGCGUCUUCUUGGUCCAGCAAGCCGCCGCGGCCCGGCCCGUCAACGUCUUCGUCAUCAACGACGCAGAAAACGACGUGGCCAACAAGAGCGUGACCAACGCGCUGAAGAUGCUGAAGGAGAAGAGUCCCAACAAGUUAGGCAAGGUGUACGUGGCGACGGUCAACGCGAGUGGCUCGACGGAGACCCUCGACAGCAUCUGCCCGGUAUGGAAGUCGGCGCUGCAAGAAAAGGACGAAAACAUCCCCGAUUUUGUUCUCGACACGGCGACCUACGGACUCGGAGCCGAGACCGUCAAUCGCUUCACCGCCUUCCUCGGCAUACCCACCCUCUCGGCUCAGUACGGCCAAGAUGGCGACAUGCUGGGCUGGCGGGACAUCACCAAGGAACAACAACAGUACCUCGUGCAGGUGAUGAACCCCGUGGACUUGAUGCCCGAGGUAGUGCGCCAGCAGUGCUCGACCUUCAACAUAAGCAACGCGGCUAUCCUCUUCGACGACACCUUCGUCAUGGACCACAAGUACAAGAGCCUCCUGUUGAACGUCGCGACGCGUCACGUGAUGGUACCCGCCAAGGCGCCCGGGAUCGCCCUCGAGCGCCAGAUCACGAUGCUACGUAACCUCGACAUAGUCAACUUCUUCAUUCUGGGCAGCGACGGAUUGAUCUCGGCUGCGUUGCAGGCAGUCAACAAGCUCGAUUUCGUCGGCAACAAAUACGGCAUGUUCGCAGUGAGCAUGAACGAAAGCCCGUCGAUAACUUGUCCCAAGUGCCCAACCGGCAAGGUUAUGCUAUUUCAUCCGCAACCGGCGACCAACCAGCAACAACUGAGCGAGCUGGCGAGCAAGGGUGUUCUGGCCCAGCCUCUUAUAACCUCGGCCUUUUACUACGACCUCGCGAGAAUCGGGGUGCUGGGGAUGAAGGCCGCCCUCGACGCCGGCGAGUGGAAGCGGCCCACCUUUGUCACCUGCGAGGAUUACAACGAGAAUGCGACCCUACCGGCGCGCAACCUCAACUUUAGGAAGUACCUUCAGCAGGCCUCCGGCACCGGGUUCACGCCGAUUUACGCGGGCUUCGCUUGGGGCGAGAACGGCGUCAGUCGCGCCAAAUUCGACGUCAAUGCCGACAUCAUCGAAAUAACCAGCUCGAGGAUCGUCGAGUCCGACACCGUCGAGACCUGGCCGGCCGGCAUCGAGUCACCGCUCAAUGUAAAGAAGAUGAAUGCCGCGCAGAAAAACACAGCGAUAACGAGCUACCGGGUGGUCACGGUGAUAAAGCCCCCCUUCGUCAUGUAUGACCACCAAACCAGAAAAUGGUCGGGCUACUGCAUAGACCUGCUGAACCACAUAACCAAGCACGUGCCCUUCGUGUACGACAUCCACGAGGCCAAGGACAAGGAUUACGGUGCUAUGGACGAGGAAGGGGUGUGGACCGGCAUGGUGCGCGAGCUCAAGGACAAAACGGCCGACAUAGCCCUGGGCGCGUUCGCCGUGAUGGCCGAGCGCGAGAACGUCAUCGACUACACGGUGCCCUACUACGACCUCGUCGGCAUAACCAUACUCCGCAGGAGGCCCAAAACCACGACUUCGCUCUUCAAGUUUCUCACGGUGCUCGAGAUCGACGUCUGGCUGUGUAUAUUCGGGGCGUACCUCUUCACGAGUCUCCUCAUGUGGUUCUUCGACAGGUUUUCCCCCUACAGUUAUCAAAACAACCGGGAAAAGUACAAGGACGACGAGGACAAGCGGCUCUUCGAUCUCAAGGAGUCGCUCUGGUUCUGCAUGACCUCGUUGACGCCGCAGGGUGGCGGCGAAGCCCCCAAGUGUUUGUCGGGUCGACUCGUCGCUGCGACCUGGUGGCUCUUUGGGUUUAUCAUCGUUGCCUCGUACACGGCCAAUUUGGCGGCUUUUCUCACCGUGUCGCGACUCGAGCUGCCCGUCGAGUCGCUCGAGGAUCUCUCGAGACAAUACAAGAUACAGUACGCGCCCAUUGCUAACUCCACCGAGUACAGGUACUUUGAACGUAUGGCCGAGAUCGAGAUGAAGUUUUACGAAAUAUGGAAAGACAUGAGCCUUAACGACAGCCUGUCCGACUUCGAACGCGCCAAGCUAGCGGUCUGGGACUACCCGGUGAGCGACAAGUACACCAAAAUGUUCCAAACGAUGAAGGACGCCGGCUUCCCCAAGGACUUGGACGACGCGCUCGCCAGGGUGCGCUCCGAGGGCCAAACCGAGUUCGCCUUCAUCGGCGACGCCACCGACAUCAAGUACCUCACCAUGGUCAACUGCGACCUCAUGCAAAUCGGCGACGAGUUCUCGCGCAAGCCUUACGCCAUCGGCGUCCAGCAGGGCUCUCCGCUCAAGGACCAAUUCAACAACGCGAUACUGAUGAUGCUGAACAAACGCGACCUCGAGAGGCUCAAGGACAAGUGGUGGGACUACAGUAAGUACAAGAAAAAUUGCCCAAGGCCGGAGGAGCAGAACGAGGGUAUCAGCAUAAACAACAUCGGGGGCGUGUUCAUCGUCAUUUUCGUGGGGGUAUUCCUGGCUUGCGUUACCCUGCUCAUCGAGUACUUUUACUUCAGGCGGCCGAAAAUGAGGCGCAAAAAGUUGCAAGAACAAAUCGAGCAGCAGCAGCAGCAGCAGCAAACCGAUGCCAUUGCGGACGACAAGAGCGCGCAGGUCGUGGGGAACGUCUCCAAGUCGAUGAAGCUUAACUUCCGACCGGCUCCUACACCCGUCGUUGAACCAACCGACUUUGGAGCUCGCUUUUAACCAUACGUAUCAUGAGUUUAUCGAUAAAUCGGUUCAUACUGUUUUCUUUCAUUUAACAGUCAGUCACGUGCAAGUGGAUUUUUCGUUUGUUACUGCAGGGGGGGGGGCAUCAGAAUGCAGGGUAGUGGCUAGAAUUCGAGGUCAGGGGGGAUUAUUGAUUUAUAUACAUUGUGUGAGAAACUUAAUCUCAUUAAUCCAUUUAUGUGACCGGCUCGAGGGAGGGAGCGUGUCUGUCGCAUGUGAUCGAAUUAAGCGAUCAAUUAUUGAGCUGGCAAACAAAUGGAUUAACGAAAAAGUCAACGAAUGAACUAUUUUAACAUCGAUUGCACAAAUAACGAAGGAAAUGUGUUGUGUAUUUUUAAUAACUUUUUUUUAUUUUGUAAUUGCUUUCGAGACACAUCUUGGUUAAUUAAUCAAUCACUAGAAAUGCCGUUUUUCACGUUUACGUUUGAAUAAACUUGAAUUG